UUGAAGCUCACCGUCUCAUGCCAAUGUCUGAGCAAGAUAGCUGGUCAUUAUUUAAAAAUCAUGCCUUCAAAAAUGCAGCUGUUGGUGCACACUCACAUCUUGAAGAAAUCGGUAGACAAAUUGUUCAAAAGUGCAAUGGUCUUCCUUUGGCUAUUAAAUCCCUUGGGGGUCUCUUAUGUUCUAAAUUGUUAGUGGACGAAUGGGAAAGUAUAUUGAACAGUGACAUGUGGGAGUUCUCGCCGGAUGAGAGUGACAUUCUGCCUUCUCUUUGGUUGAGCUAUAUGAAUCUGCCUUCGCAUCUCAAGCGUUGUUUUGGACAUUGUUCGAUAUUUUCCAAGAACUAUAAGUUCAGAACAUCAGAAUUGGUUUACUUGUGGAAGGCUGAAGAUCUCUUGCAACCUAAAAAAAACAAAACAGCAAGAAAUCGGACAAGACUACUUCAAUGAUCUAAUCUCCAGGUCAUUUUUUCAGCUUUCAUCAAGUCCCUAUGGAACUACAUUCAUCAUGCAUGACCUUAUCAAUGAUUUAGCAAGCUUUGUAUCCAGAGAAUUUUGUCUUAGGUGGGAGGGAAGUGAUUCACCCGACAUUUUGAGCAGGACUCGUCAUUUUUCAUAUAAGAGAUAUUAUGAUCAUACUGAGAACAUUAGGAUAUUUGAGGAUUUACAGCAAGCUAAAUAUUUGCGUACCUUUCUGAUGAACGUAACUUCAAGCAAAGGAUUAGAUGAGCUGCUACCAAGAUUACAAUGUUUAAGAAUGCUCAAUUUAUCAGGGCGUAUAGGGGAAUUGCCUGAUUCUAUUAACAACUUGAAGCUUCUUAGGCACUUGGACUUGUCUUACAGUUUCAUCAAAAAGUUGCCUGAUACAAUUUGUACUUUGUAUAACUUGCAAGUAUUGUUGUUGUCAAACUGUUGGGGCCUUACUGAACUGCCAGCCAACUUGGGAAGAUUGAUCAACUUGAGCCAUCUGGAUACUACAGGUAUAAUGUUAAAAAAGAUGCCACCGGAUAUGGGUAACUUGAAAGACCUCCAGAUGCUACCCGAGUUUGUUCUAGACAAAAGUACCGCAGGGGAUAAUUUGGCAGACUUAAAGAAGCUUCAAAAUUUGCGUGGAGGACUUUGUAUCUCAAGGCUUGUGCAUAGCAGCGGUUUGGAGGCACUGAGGGACAAGAAGUUUCUUAAGGAACUGGUUUUGGAUUAUUGGAGAGGAUGGGAUGUAAGUGAAGAAGAAGCAGAGUCUUGCGAUUUGGUGGAGGCAAAAUGGGAUUCAAGUGAAAAAGGCAAUAAUACUGUAGAAGAAAGAGAAGUGCUUGAGAAGCUCCAACCUCACCUGAACCUGGAAAGGCUUACAAUUAAAAGUUAUGGAGGCAAAAUGUUUCCAGGUUGGUCAGAAUAUUAUUCUUCCUCUGCUCUUGUUUCUCUUAAACUUGUUAAUUGUCAGAAUUGUAUCUCCUUGCCACCAUUGGGACAGCUACCUUCCCUCAGAGAGCUUUUUAUUUCUGGGUUGAGUGGGUGGCAAGAAUGGUCUGAUGUUGGAGGUGACAAUAAUGAAGGCGGGGUUUUUUCUAAUCUUGUUCAACUUGAAGUAUAUGAGUGUCCCAAUCUUACCGGGAGAUUAGCUCGAAUUCGAAUGUUUUCCGGAAGAUGGAUUCCCGUCAAAGUUAAAAUCACUUGACAUCAUCGGCUGUAAAAAAGUGAAUGCAAAGAGUAUGCAGAAUCUGAACAAGGGUCUCCGAACACUCACCUCUCUUGAAGAAUUGUCACUUGAUUUUGACUGCGACGAAAAAGUAGAUUGGUUUGCGGAGGAGCAGGAGGGGCUGCUUCCCAGCACUCUCACACAUCUCAAGAUCUGCCGUCUGAAUUGUGAGACCAUCGACGGCGCAAAGUGGUUUUGCCAUCUCAACUCUCUUCGAGAAUUGUUCAUUAGGAAUUGCCCUGCUUUGCAGUGCUUGCCAGAUAGUGGGCUACCCUCUUCUCUUUCUCAUCUAAAAAUCAUUGAAUGUCCUUUGCUUGAGAAACGGUAUCAAAGAGAGACGGGUCAAGAUUGGCCCAAGAUUGCUCACAUCAAGUGCAUAACUAUCGGUUGGCCAUGUCUCGGAGGGCUUGCAUUCUGAUCAAUUUGGCCAUUUCUCAGAAGGCUUGCAUAUUCUGCGUGUAAGAUCCUAUUGUUUGAACUCAUUGUUGAUUCCACAGUUCUAGGGUCUUGCUUGAACUCAUGAUCGAUGGGUUUGACAACAAGUCAUGCCAUAUGAAGGAGAAACAGACCAUUUCCAUUUCCUACGCAGUUUCGUGGAAAGUGAGCAAAAGUUCUUGAUAUGUUAAGACAGAGAUAGGCCAAGGUUAAGAUUGCUCGCAGGACCAAUAUUGCCAUGUCUUGAUGUCUGAUUUCUUCUCUUCUUAUCUGAACUUGCAGACUGUUCUUUAUCUACUCCACUCAUUCACACAAACACUUUUAGAGUUUCCAAGCAGAAUGAAAAUCACAGAGAGAUGACAGCCAAUUUUGGAUCAGGAUCAAGCUAGCUUGUAGUGAUGUUUAUGUGUUUUUGUUGCCAGUGCGAUAUCAGCUCCCUGGAUUUUACAAGUUUACAACUAUAUGCAGUGCUGCCGCUAAAGCAUCUCAGAAGACUUGUAGCUGUUGGACUCUCAUAAAUUUGAAGUCACUUUGCAUAUCAUCCAGAAUUGAAAAAUGACCUUAAAGGUUGUGGCAAUUCAAUAUUAUCUCAGGAGCAAUAAAUUUUGUUAGCCGAAUCUUGGUUCUGUGUAUGGGCAAAAGAUACAUGAGGACCACCAGUUUUGCAUCCUCACUGAACAGAACUCGGUCUCCAUCCUUUUUCUCAUGUCACAGCAAGGAAAUUCUUUGGCAGACUAUCAACUCACUGACCCUUUAGGACAGUCUGGAGGGCCACGAGAGGUGUCUUUGUGAUUGUUACUUCACCCUCAAGUAGCUGGGAAAACUUUUGCAGUGAUGUCAAGAUUACUAUCAGCGGCUUCAAAUUUCAAGGAACAGACAUAGAUAUAGUACAAAGAGGCAUUUUGCAGUCUGCAGUAUGUAUUAGCUCUAUCUAUACCAGAAGAUAUGUGCAUUCAGCAGCAACUAGUUCUGUCUAUCCUAGUAGACAGUACCAAACUUUUUUGUUUCUGUAUAAAUGAAUUGAGCAGUUCUCAGAUAUAUGAUUUUGUUGAAAUUGCAAAUCAAAUCAAUGAUGCAACUGUUGGAUUGGAGGCCAUCUAGAUGGCAAUCACGUUUUUUCUUCUUUUACUUUUUACCUGUUGCAGGCUAUACAUAUAGGUAGGCAAUUUAGUUUGAAUAAGUUU